GUCAUGUUACAAUAAGUUCUAUAAUUUGUAACAUUGGUCACUGGUCAUGUUCACAAAACCAUUUCAGAUUCUACGCAUUACUCGCCUAAAGGAAUCAGAAAAGGAAUGGUAUAAAAAUCAGUUAAUUACCUUGUAUCCUCUAAUAACGGACUACAGAUUUACAAAUCAGUUUCUUUGCAAAAGCGAUUACGUGGAAGUGAUAAGAAUUAAAAACUCCUCCUCGAUAUAUGUGGAUGUUUUGGUUGUUAAUAAGCAACCGAUGAUCUUUGUGUAUGGUCAAAUGUUUCCUACCGUGUAUUUCUUGUGGGAAUACCCCGAAUGCCUACUUGCGUUUACUACCUACUUUUCUGUUGUGGAGAAAUUGCACGACGGCGCACUUUUAAUGCUCCAUGGUGUUGCCUAUCCAAAAUUUUCCCACUACUAUCCGACGGUACCAGACUUUGAACGUAACACACCAGUCUGUGUUAACCAAACAACAAACAAAGCGGCAGUUGCGGUUGGAGUUACCAUCGAAAGCUCAAUCACAUUAUGUAAACGUAAACAUAGAGGCAAAUGUGUUUAUAUUUACCAUUACUUCAAUGAUCAAUUGUGCACAAUUAAUAAUGCUCAGCUAUUACCUCUACCAGAGAUGGGAUAUCCAGAGUGGAUGAAAGAAUCGAUGAAAAGUAUUAGUAACCUUAGUUUACCAAAGGAACGACAAGUUUCUAUCAAAUCACGCAUUUCAUCAGGAUGUGUCGGCACCGAAAAAUGUGUCGGCACGGACAACAGCGUUUUCAUCGCGAAUGAGAUUUUGCAAAAAGCUGCCAUGGAUAAGUUAUUGUUACGCUGUUUUUUUACCACAAUUAAGUACUCGAAGUCCUUGCAGUUGCCUAUCUCAGUGAACAGUUUUUGUGAAACGUACAUUGUACGUGCAUCUCCCAUCUUGGAUAUUACUAAAAGUUCUCAUGGAAACUUUUACAAUUUUAUUGAACAGCUUUCUAAGGAAGGAGUUGUCUCGUUAGGAGACGAUGGUGGUAUUGCCAAAAUUAACUACGCUCACCGCAUUGUAAAAAGCUUUGUUUAUGAUCCAGACGAAGUUCCUAAUGUACUAAUAAUUCACGAUGCCCCAUUGAUGAAUGUAGAAAAUUGUUACACGGUAACCACACCGGUUCUUCCAAUCUUCCAACCUUUCGGAUUUAUCCCAGGUAGCGUAAUAUUAGCCUCUGAAGUGCAAAAUUACGUAAAUGGAUAUGUUAAAUAUUAUUGCCUCCAAAACAAAGACGGUGCUUCGGCGUUGGUUCGUGUGGAUACAUAUUUAAGACUUUUACUAUCCAAAGAUGUUGGGCAGUUUGUUGAGCUCGAAGCAAUUAAAACUGAGGUCUUAAAGCAAAUGACCAAGUGCUAUAGGCUAACCAUUCGUGGUAUUCCGACCGUGUGUAAGGGAGAAUUGAAGCGCAUUAAAAUUUGGGUAGGAUUUCUAUGUACUUGUAAAAAGGUAACGAUAGUGAUGUAUCUGGAAAAAUAUCGCAUAAAUGUAGAUGACUUGGCACGUGAUUGUGAAGUUAUCGACAACAAAUGCAUAAAAGUCUAUAAGACUAUAUGUCAAACCGAAGAUAGACUAUACAUUAACGGAAAUCAAGUGGCGGUCGUAUAUAAUGUUCUAAUAAAAAAAUAUGGCAUACCAGAAAAAUGUAUACGCGCACCUUCCUUUGGGGUAACGCGAGGGGUAACGUCUUAG